CCUGCAUCGCUAUCUGCACCAAAAAUAGCUCAACCCGAUUUACAAACCGAUUUUCUUGUAUUCACUUUAUUUGACUAUUAUAUUCUUUCGAGGAACUUAAAAUCAGACCAAUCACACAAAACUGACAAGGUAAAAAAGUCACAUAUAAGUAACUUACUAAGAGAAGAGUCCGUGGAUUCUGAGCAAUCUCGCUUAGAGGACGGGGCUUACUGAGUUUCAAUUAUGAUUCAAUAGGGCUACAUAGUUGAGAUUUGGAUAAAGAAAGCUCGAGUAAUACAACGAUAUAUUUGAACAUACAUUUCUUAAAAUGAUUAAAACUUAGUAGAGCUAAAGCUUCAAUAAAUAAAACGUUUCUAUUAAAAUAUAACACACAUAAAGCAUAUUUACAUUAUUUAUAUGUUAGAAAAAAAAUACUUAAAAUCAUAAAUUUGAAUUAAAAUAAGUAUCUGCUUGAAUUAUAUUUAAAAACAAAAUUGAGAUAUUGAGUUUGAAACAGACACACACAACAUUUUUUUUUAAAAUAAAUAAUUAAAAACUUUGCAACCAUGGAACGUUUUCGUAUGGUGUUCCAGUACUUCCAAUCCAACACUGAAUCCGUAGCGAACGGGAUAUGCGCUGUGCUGACUCUGGCUAGCGUGAAGAUGUACACCAUCUUCGAUUUCAACUGCCCUUGCCUUCCCAAGUACAACGUGCUGUACGGCAUGGGGGUCAUGUUCAUCCCGCCGGUGGUGCUGUUCUUUGUCGGGAUCAUCGUCAACAAGCACUCGGUUAUGAUGCUGGAGGAGUGGACGAGACCCACUGGAAAGCGCAAAAAGAACCCAGCUAUUAUCAAGUUCAUGUUCACAAACUUGAUUCAGAGAGCCAUGAUUGCCCCCGUGGUCUGGAUAUUAGUGACCCUGCUGGAUGGAAAGUGCUUCAUCUGUGCCUUCAGUGUCAGCGUGGACCCCAUCAGAUUUAAUGGCCUCCCGAACAUGACAGGCUGGGAUAUAACCCGUGUCCUGGCCAAGGUCCCCUGUAAGGAGGACAUCAUCUUCCAGAACAACACCUCCCGGAAAGCUGUGUCCCGGUACCUGCUCUGCUGGUCCCAGGCUCUGGGCUGGAGCAUCCUCCUCUUUCUGAUUAUGCUGGGGGUCGUGGCUCGCUGCCUCAAGCCCUGCUUCAACCACACCGCCUUCCUGCAAACCCGCUACUGGAGCAACUACACGGACCUCGAGCAGAAGCUCUUCGAUGAGACCUGCAGCACACACGCCCGUGAAUUCGCACGCAAGUGUGUCAUCCAGUUCUUUGAAAGCAUGCACGAGGAGAUGUGUCAGGGCAUGAUUCUGCCCCUCGAUGAAGAGGAUGACCACCUGCACGGCAUUACGUCUCGCAAACAGGUCAACGAGCUGCUCCAAGCCUGGUACCGCUCCAAGCCAGACCUGGACGUCACCAAGAUAGCCCAGCGGCAGUACAGCCGAGCCCGGGUCCGAGUCACCGGGGAGGGGGACCAGAACGAAGUCAGGCAAGCCUUCACGCAAAACGGACACUCUCCCCAUACAGACGUCUAGCACAGAUCCAAUAUACAUGGAAUACUAUCACUAGUAAUGCUAGUACUGUACUAGUCAGAAUGUAAUAACCAUGUCUAUCUUCAGACAAGCUGUAAAGUUGUUUGUUUUAAUUUUAUGUAGGAAUGAACCAAACCUUUAAGUAUUAAA